CACAAGGGCCUAUAAAAACAUAUAGGCUGGCCAGUAGCUUGAUUUGACGGAGAAUCAGGAGAGAAUUCUUCACUCUCCGCCUCCUCAUUCUCAUGCCACCGUAUGCAGCCUCUUUUGCUUAGCAGUUAGACCGUUUCGGCCUUCACCUCCCAUCUCUGUUACACUUGUUUUCUCUAUGUGCUUAGACCCAUCAACCUUGCUGGCAAUCAGCCGUCUCUCACUUUAAUCAGUGUCUAUUUAAACCUCCCCUCUCUUCUUUUCCUCCUUCUUCUGCUUCUUCUUUUCUUCUUCUUCUUCACGAUUCCUUUGAAACCCUCUCUCUUAUUGUUAGUCAUUCUGUUUCAGUCUUUUUUCUCUUCAUUUCCAUAUAUUUGCGUUUCUAUCCGUUUCGGCUCCUUAACAUGACUUUCUCUUCUACAAGGAAAAAUUUACCCAUUCAAAUCCCCCUUAGCCAACCCUUUUUAUGUUCCACUUGAUUUUUCCCCCUUCCUGUUUAAUGAUUUUUUCUGUGUCUACAAUCAUGAAAAUUCUUUUUAACCCAUUCUUUCUCUUGUUUGUAAUUGUUGGUUUAUUGUUUCUGCUUCGGUUUCUUUUAAUCAGGACUGGAUUAAUUUAUAUGACCAAGAAAUGGUGGAGAUCAAUCGAAGAUUGUUUGCAUGUGUAUCAAUUCUUCAAGGUCCCAGAAUUCAACGAGAGCAUGCAAGAAAAUCAGCUUUAUUCCAAAGUCUCUGUUUAUCUAAACUCUCUGGCUUCCAUGGAGGACUCCAAUUAUACCAACCUCUUCACCGGAAAAAAAUCCAAUGAUAUCAUACUCCGCCUUGACCCCAGUCAGGUAAUCGAUGAUGAUUUCCUUGGAGCUAGAGUUUCUUGGAUAAACGAAGUGAAAACAGAUACAACCCAUUCUAGAGCUUUCGUUUUGAAGAUCAGAAAAGCCGAUAAGCGAAGAAUUCUCCGGCCCUAUCUCCAGCAGAUCCACACAGUUUUCGACGAGCUCGAGCAGAAGAAGAAGAGAGAAUUGAAGCUUUACAUGAAUAUCAACGGUGAUCAAAAUCAGAACAGACGGUGGAGAUUUGUUCCCUUUACUCAUCCUUCAACGUUUGAAACAAUUGCCAUGGAAUCCGAUCUCAAAAACAAGUUAAAGUCAGAUCUGGAGUCUUUCCUCAAGGCCAAACAAUACUAUCACAGGUUGGGUCGCGCGUGGAAGCGAAGCUAUCUCUUGUACGGGCCAUCAGGUACUGGAAAAUCCAGCUUUAUAGCUGCCAUGGCCAAUUUUCUUGGCUACGAUGUGUAUGACAUCGAUCUUUCCAGAGUUUUAGGCGAUUCUGAUCUCAAAUUGCUCCUGCUACAAACCACAACCAAGUCCGUGAUUGUGGUAGAAGACCUCGAUCGGUUUCUGAUGGGCAAGUCAACGGCUGUAAGCUUAUCAGGUGUUUUAAACUUCAUGGAUGGGAUUUUAAAUUCUUGCUGUGCGGAGGAGAGAAUUAUGGUUUUUACAGUGAAUAGCAAAGAUCACAUCGACCCGGCUAUCCUUAGACCGGGUCGAAUUGACGUCCAUAUCCAUUUUCCGUUAUGCGAUUUCUCAGCAUUCAGGACAUUGGCGAAUAGCUACUUGGGAGUGAAGAAUCACAAGCUGUUUCCUCAAGUAGAGGAAAUUUUCCAAACCGGAGCGAGUCUGAGUCCGGCGGAGAUAGGUGAGCUCAUGAUUGCGAACCGGAAUUCGCCGAGUCGGGCAUUGAAAUCGGUUAUCACGGCCUUGCAAACAGAAGGUGAUUGUAGAGGGUCUGUGGACGUGGGGCGGCGGUUGCUCGAUGGCGGGUCAAGAAACUCCACGGAAGAUUCACCUGAUCACUCGGGUAUAUUUUCUAAAGAAAAUAUCAAUGUCAUCAAAGAUAUCAAGAAAUUAUACGGAUUAUUGAAGUUGAGAAGUAGCAGAAAAGCACCAUCGUUCGACUUGACACCAGGCCAAAGGGAUGUGUGAUGACUGAUGAUACGGGGUCGUAUCAUUUCGGAUAAAUUCACGUUUGGUUAGCACUUGGGGGCCGCACGAGGGGAAAAAAUUAUACAAGGCAAAAAAAAAAAAAAAAAGCCAACUGCUAGUAGAAUAUAGAGCAGUUUAGAGCACUAAGAUUUUUGAUAUUUGCUGGCUUUGAUGCUUUGUUCCAACCCCUUCUACAAGAAUAUGAUUCUGUAAUCUUUUUCAUGUUAUUUGUUCCCCUCUUAGUAGUUUGCUUUAGACUUAAAUAUUGAAUUAAAUGGUAGCACCACGGUGGAUAAUUACAUUA